CGGUGUUAACUUGGAUUGGUUCUGCUGUUGAUAGAACAUGUUCAAGUUUAUAGAAUGCGUCUCUAUAUUUGUUGCGAAUUUAAUUUCAGUUGUGGGAGAUAACGCUGCAAAGAACAUAUUCAUCUUAGCAGGACAGAGUAACAUGGCUGGCAGGGGCGGCGUCAGCCAUGGAAAAUGGGACGGAAACGUCCCACCAGAGUGUCAACCGAGCCCUUCCGUUCUUCGAUUCACCGCUAAUCUUACUUGGGAAGAAGCACGAGAACCCCUCCAUGCAGACAUCGAUGUAGAACACGUUUGCGGGGUCGGACCGGGGAUGGUAUUCGCCAGUGAGAUCAUUCGAACAAAUGGCUCGGGGAUUGGGGUGGUGGGUCUGGUCCCAUGUGCCGUUGGUGGGACUUCAAUAAGCAGAUGGGGAAAGGGAAGCCCUUUGUAUGAUGAGUUGGUGAAGCGUGGCAUGGAGUCAUUGAAGGAAGGUGGAGCCAUUCAGGCUAUAUUGUGGUAUCAAGGAGAGAGUGAUACGGUCACUAAAGAGGAUGCCGAUGCAUAUCAAGGGAAUUUGGUACAACUGAUACAGGACUUGCGUUUUGAUCUUAACCUCCCAUCUUUACCUUUUAUGGUGGUGGCACUUGCGUCCGGAGAAGGUAAAUAUGUAGAGACGGUGAGAAAUGGUCAAAUGGGGAUAAAGAUGGAAAAUGUGAAGUGUGUGGACGCCAAGGGAUUGCCUCUCAACGUAGACCAUCUUCAUCUUACCACCAUAGCUGAGGUCAAGCUUGGUCUCAAGUUGGCUCACGCUUUUCUCCAGCAAUAAUAAUUGAA